AGUUAGAGAAAAGAAGACUGCACUAAGACAACCUCUGAGAAGGAACAGAUACCACCGUCUGGGCUCUCAUUUCAACUUGAACCUGAGCACUUUGGAACUUGAACUUCAAAAUUUAUUAUUUUUUUUACUUCAUCAGACAGCAGUGAUGUUUCCAGAGGCUAAUAACGGCUACAGUUACGAGGACUGCAAGGCCACCGCCGACUGGCUGCUUGCCCAGACAGACGUGCGUCCUAAAGUGGGCAUCGUGUGCGGCUCGGGCCUGGGAGGACUGGCUGACAUGUUAAAGGACCAGGUGGCCUUCAACUACAAGGACAUUCCCAACUUCCCCCAGAGCACCGUUCACGGACACGCUGGACGUCUGGUGUUCGGCACUUUGAAGGGAAGGGCGUGUGUUUGCAUGCAGGGCCGCUUCCACCUGUAUGAGGGAUACCCCGCUCAGAAGAUUACUCUGCCCAUGCGCAUCUUCAAGCUGAUUGGUGUGGAAACGGUGAUCCUGACAAAUGCAGCUGGAGGUUUGAAUCAGGACUUCAAAGUAGGAGACAUCAUGAUCAUCAAAGACCACAUCAACAUGCCUGGCUUUGCUGGAAACAAUCCACUGGCCGGACCCAACGAUGAAAGGUUCGGCGUGCGUUUCCCCUGUAUGUCCGAUGCAUACGACCGUGAGCUGCAGCAGCUGGCCAUGGAUGUGGGCCAGGAGCUGGGCUUAGGAGACUUCCUGAAGGAGGGGGUCUACUGCGUCCUGGGUGGACCUUCAUUUGAGACCAUCGCUGAGUGUCGUAUGCUCUACAGACUGGGGGCAGAUGCUGUUGGCAUGAGCACAUCUCAUGAGGUGAUCGUCGCUCGUCACUGUGGGAUGCGAUGCUUCGCUCUGUCGCUGAUCACCAACCAGGCGGUGAUGGACUACGACAGCGCAGAAAAGGCCAACCACGAGGAGGUCCUGCAGAUCGGUAAACAGCGAGCAGAGCAGCUGGAGCGGCUGGUUUCUACCAUGGUGACCCGGAUUGAACACAACAUCAACAGCAACAACUACGCCUAAGAACAACUGGAAAGCCUAUGGGUGGUAGCCCUGUAUUAUAUGAUAUGAAUAAUUGAGGUUCUGUUUCAUUUGUGAUGUUUCAAGUACACUAUGGGCUGUUGUCACUCUUAGGUCAAAGAUAACAGUCGUCUGAAAAAUCGAAUCAUGUCAAAUCAAAACUGUACUUUUACACAACUUUGGUUUUACGGCAACACCUUACAUUCCUCUAGAGAAAAAAGUCACUUUCUUUUUUUUGUAUUGCGUAUAAUGAGGUGUAUAUGUGCUAACUUUUAAAUAUUUGAUCGGCUUGUACAAAUGUCUGUAAUUUAACUUAACAAUGAGCGACAAUCUCUUGUAAGAUCCUAAUAUUAUGACGUUGUUGAAAUAUGUACAUUAUUGGACUUAAGGUAUUUCUCUGUGUUUGUUUUUGUAAUGACUGUUGUUACUAAAGAUACUAUUUAUUACCAUAUUAAA